CAUGGAUGCUCAGUCCCGCCUUCGCGUCCUGAGUGCGUUCUGGCAUUGGUGGAGAUGCCUGGGAGACCUCGGUGUCCAGAAGGGAUCCCCGGCUCUCUUGGGCUAGGCAGGGCGGAUGGCGACUGUCAAAAGGAAAUAGGAUCAUGGCAGCAGAUGAUGACAACGGUGAUGGAACAAGUUUAUAUGAUGUAUUUUCUGCUUCUCCUCUUAAAAAUAAUGAUGAAGGUUCUUUGGACAUAUAUGCUGGAUUGGACAGUGCUGUUUCUGACAUUGCGUCCAAAUCAUGUGUGCUAUCCCGAAAUUGUUUGGAUUUAUAUGAAGAAAUCCUGACUGAAGAAGGAACUGCAAAGGAGGCAACAUAUAAUGAUUUGCAAGUAGAAUAUGGUAAAUGUCAGCUGCAAAUGAAAGAGCUGAUGAAAAAGUUUAAGGAAAUACAGACACAGAAUUUCAGCUUAAAAAAUGAAAACCAAUCUCUUAAGAAGAAUAUUUCAGCACUUAUCAAAACCGCUAGAGUGGAAAUAAAUCGCAAAGAUGAAGAAAUAAAUAAUCUUCACCAAAGAUUGUCCGAAUUCUCACAUUUUCGAAAUAAUCACAAAACUGCAAGGGUAGCAGAUAUAGUUAAAACAAAAGAUCUUAAAUCCAGGUCUCCCCAUUUGGAUGAUUGUUCAAAGACUGAUCUCAGAGUGAAAAGUGAUGUUUCUAAAGAUGGACAUCAUAGCACUUCACUGCCAAAUCCCGAAAAGGAAGGAAAAUCAUAUUGUGAAAAAAAGAGCACUUUGUAUUUGCCUCCAUCUAUUGAAAAACACUGCACCAAUGGCAUUUGGUCACGUUCCCAUUAUCAGGUUGGUGAGGGUAUUUCAAGUGAAGAUAAUAGAAGAGGGAGAAAAGAUAUUAGACAUAGCCAAUAUAGCAGAGGAACUGAUAGAAUAUGGAAAGACUUAAAUACUAGUUGUGGUGAUGGUGAACCAAGGAACAUAGAGACUAGUCAAAGGCUACAAGGACGUCCUGAGAAAUAUGGUAAAGGUGAACCAAAGGCUGAAAGCAAAAAUUCAAAGUUCAAAAGUAACACAGAUUUGGAUUAUAAAAAUGAACGAAUUAGCUCUUCUUGGGAGAAAGAGACCUUUAGAGAAAGGUCAUACACUCGAAUGGACUCUCAAAGUGACAAAAAACUAGAAAGACAAAGUGAAAGAUCACAAAAUACAAAUAGAAAAGAACUUAAAUCACAAGACAAAGAAGAAAGAAAAGCUGAUCAAAAAUCUAAAUCUGUAGUAAAAGACCAGGAUCACUGGAGAAGAUCUGAACGAGCAUUACUUCCUCAUUCCAAGAGUGAAAUAAAAUCUUCUCAUAAUUCAAGUAAAUACCAUCUAGAAGAGAGAAGAGGAAGGGAAGAUUGUAAAAGAGAUAGAGGUGUAAGUAAUCAUAGUUUUCAAGAAGGAAGAUGUCCAUCCUUUCUUUCAUCCAGUAGAGCUCAUAAACACAUUGACUCCAAGGAAGUUGAUGCUGUGCACCAAUGGGAAAAUACACCUUUAAAAGCAGAACGGCAUAGAACUGAAGAUAAGAGGAAAAGAGAACGAGAAAGCAAAGAAGAAAGUAGGCAUAUAAGAAGUGAAAAAAGAACACCUACAGAACAUUUGCAGAAGACUAACAAAGAAAUUAAGAAAACCACUACUGAUUUAAAGAGACAGAAUGAGCCAAAAAGUGAUAAAGGUGAAGUCUCUAACACUGAUGUUUCUCAAGGAACAGAUAAUAAAGAGCUUGUAAUUAAAGCUGACAUUGGUCCAAAUGAAACAAAAGACUUAAAAUUGAGUUUUAUGGAAAAAUUGAACUUAACUCUUUCUCCUGCUAAAAAGCAGCCUGUUUCUCAGGAUAACCACCAUAAGAUAACCAGUAUCCCCAAAUCCAGUGGAAUAUGUGAUUUGGAGUGCUUGGUGCAUGCUACAACAGUGACAUGUGUUUCCUUGGUCAAUGAACAUACCACAGAGGAAAUGGAAUCCAAGUUGUCGGAACCAAAGGAUGCUCUUGCAGCUGUAUCUGAAGUCAGGACCAGUAAUCCAGAAAGGAAAAUAGAAGAAGAAAGCAGUUUGUUAGUUAAAUCUGAUGAGAAUACUGUGGAUUGUGAUGUGCCCAUUUGUCAUACAGAGACUUCUUUCUCAGCACCCGUGGAAAUGAAACAAACAGAAUCCAUGUUUCCAUCACCAGCAGAAAAGGAACAAACCAUUAAUGAUACAAAGGCAGCAGUUCCUGUAGUAGUGGACAUAUUACAAACAAAUGUUUCUCAAAACUUUGGCUUAGAAUUGGAUACCAAAAAAAAUGAUGAUGUGAAUUCUUGUGUUUCUGGAGGUAUGGGAAUGAAAGAAGCUUUUUCAAUAGAAGUAGCUGAAUCCAGUGACAGCAUUUUGCAGCCUUCAGUUGAAGAAACUGGCAUUUUGCCAAUAGCCCUUUCAGAAGAUGGUAACCGCAAAUUUGAGCCUUCUCUUGUAGAUACACCACUGGUUGAAAGUAAGUCUUGUUUGGAGCCUUCCUCACUUAAAGAGACACUAGAAUCUUCACUUCAGCAGACUGAAUUAAUGGACAACAAAAUGGAAAUCGGUGAAACAAACUCAGUAUAUAACGAUGAUGAGAAUUCAGUUCUAAGCAUUGACUUUAAUCACCUGAGGCCUAUUCCAGAAGCCAUCAGUCCUCUGAAUAGUCCAGUGAGACCUGUAGCAAAAGUUCUUAGAUUGGAAAGCCCAUCUCAAGUUCUGUUAUGUAAUAACAGUCAUAAAGAUAUAUUUCCACCAAAUUCAGCUCAGUCUACCUCCAAGAGCAAGUCUGAUCUCAAUAAGGAGAAUCAAAAGCCAAUUUGCAAGUCUGACAAAUUUGCAGAUACAGACUCUCAUAAGAACUCAUCUUUAGAUGAAUUAGAAGAAGGAGAAAUUAUAAGUGACAAUGAAAAAUCUAAGCCACAAAAAAGUUUUGAAAAAAGUGUCACACCUAGAACUUCUGCUGAAGUGCAGAACACAAAAACUAGCCCAGGAAGUAGGAAAAGUACUCUGCAUUUGGGUAAAGAGACUAGAAAAACAUCUUCUAUAAAAAUCCAUCAGACCAAAAGCAAAUGGAAUAAAAGACGAAGUGAAUCUAGCAGAUCUUCAAAAACAGAGAAGAAAGACAAGACAAUGAGUACUUCCAGCCUGGAAAAAAUAGUUCCGAUUAUUGCUGCACCCUCUUCUGUACGGGAGAUUAUGCACAUGUUACGAAUGAUAAGGAAACAUGUAAGGAAAAAUUAUAUGAAAUUUAAGGUAAAAUUUUCAUUGAUGCAAUUCCAUAGAAUUAUUGAGUCAGCGACUUUGAGUUUUACAUCACUAAUUAAACACCUUGACUUAUCUAAAAUCUCAAAGUCCAUGGCUACUUUACAGAAUAAUCUCUGUGAUGUUAUAGAAUCCAAGCUUAAGCAAGUUAAGAAGAAUGGCAUUGUGGACCGUUUAUUUGAACAGCAGCUACCAGAUAUGAAAAAAAAACUGUGGAAAUUUGUAGAUGAACAGCUGGAUUAUUUGUUCGCAAAGCUUAAGAAAAUCUUAGUAAAGUUUUGUGAUUCCAUAAACUUUGGCAGUGACAGUGAUGAAGGAAAACGUGAGAAGAUAAAUAAAGAGAAAGCCCAGUAUUCAAAUGGUCAGAAGGGAAAUGUGGACUGCUCCAGCAAGGAAAUGCUGAAAGAGAAAUCCCCCAAAUCAGAAGAUUCUGCUAAUUGUAAGUCUUUACCAGGAUGUAAAAAGUCUGAGGAAAAACAUCAAGACCAAAAUAAUUUCAACAUUAACACAGCAAAGCGUGACAUUAAAAAAAGUUGUAACACUUCCUUCGAUAAUAUUAAGAACUCUCAAUCUGAAGAACACUCCUUGGAACCAAACCGUCCCGGCACCCCAAAGCCAGAAAAAACCGAAGGCAACACCAUCGAAGACACGCAGACAUCCCAGCAUGCAGCUUUGAAGCCAGAGCGCAGUUUUGAGAUUCUCACUGAACAGCAAGCCUCUAGCCUUACUUUUAAUUUAGUGAGUGAUGCCCAGAUGGGUGAAAUAUUUAAAAGUUUGUUACAGGGUUCUGACCUUUUAGAUAACAGCGUUAAUUGUAAUGAAAAAAGUGAGUGGGAGUUAAAGACCCCAGAAAAACAGCUGCUGGAGAGUCUUAAGUGUGAAUCUAUACCAGCUUGUACAACCGAUGAGCUAGUUUCAGGGGUGGUUUCACCAUGUCCUAAAAUGAUUAGUGAUGAUAAUUGGUCAUUAUUAUCAUCUGAGAAAGGCCCUUCUCUGUCUUCAGGGCUUUCGUUGCCAGUUCAUCCUGAUGUGUUGGAUGAAAGUUGCAUGUUUGACGUGUCCACUAAUAUAGCUUUGAGUAAAGAUAAUGUGUGUAGUUCAGAAAAGAGCAAACCCUGCAUUUCCUCCAUACUUCUGGAAGAUCUAGCGGUCUCUUUAACAGUGCCAUCACCUCUGAAGUCAGACGGUCAUCUCAGUUUCCUAAAGCCUGAAGUUUUGUCCAGUUCAACUCCUGAAGAAGUUAUUAGUGCCCAUUUUAGUGAGGAUGCCUUACUUGAGGAAGAGGAUGCAUCUGAACAAGAUAUUCAUUUAGCUCUGGAGUCUGAUAAUUCAAGCAGCAAAUCAAGUUGUUCUUCAUCAUGGACAAGUCGGUCUGUUGCUCCAGGCUUUCAGUACCACCCCAACCUACCCAUGCAUGCUGUCAUCAUGGAAAAGUCCAAUGAUCAUUUCAUUGUGAAAAUACGGCGGGCAGCACCAUCUACCUCCCCUAGUCUUAAACAGAAUGCGGUGGCUGAUGAGUCAUUGGCAUCUUUGCCUGGAGUGGAAAAGGACACUGAUAAAGCAGCAGAGAAAGACUAUGUUUCAUGUCAGAACGGAGUUUUUAAAUCUGCGGAGGAACUAAAUUCUGACAACAAUGUUGAUAGCAGUAAAUCAGCCCAUGAAGAACAGGACUGUAUGAUAGAAACACAGGUUCCCGAUAUAUAUGAAUUUCUUAAAGAUGCUUCAGGUAAAGUGGGCCAUAGUAAUGAAGUGACUGAUGAAUGCUUUAAGUUGCACCAAGUGUGGGAACCAAAAGUACCUGAAAGCAUUGAAGAAUUGCCUCGAAUGGAGGAAAUUUCACAUUCUGUCGAGGAUCAUCUUCCAAACACCUAUAUAGACCUCACGAAAGACUCAGUCACUGAGACCAAAAACUUGGGGGAAUUCAUAGAAGUAACAGUUUUAAAUAUUGAUCAGUUGGGAUGCUCUGAAGGCGGUUUGGAUCAGAGUGCUCAAAUACUAGGUGAAAUGCAGCCCGAUACCGUAGAUGCUUUUAUUGAUUUGACACAAGAUGUUUCAAGUGAGAGUAAAAACGAAGGGAACUGUCCUGCCUUAGCUGUUGAACACUUUGAGUGUCAGGUGAUAUGCGUAGAUGAAGAUAACUGUAAGGAAGAAAAGGUGCAAGUGGCCGACAGGCCUUUGGAAUGCAUUGUUGAGGAAACCUAUAUUGAUUUGACCUCAGAACCUCCCAGUUCACACGAAGUUAAAAAGGAUGAUUUAAAGUCAGAGCCGGCAUCAAAUUCUGAUGAUUCAGUAUUGCCUGGAGCUUUGGAUAAUGCUCCUAAAAAGAGAAAAAACCUUUCUGAUCUAAACCAUUGUAAUAAAAAACAGAGGAAGGAAACAGACUUAAGCAGUAGGGAAAAGACCAAGAAAAUUACCCAAGAUUCUGGUGAGAAUGUUGAAGCUCACCGAAAGAAAGCCAAUAAGAAAAAAGACCCUGCAGUGAGCAAAGAGCCGUCAUCGUCAAGCCCAGGGAUUAAGGAUCUAUCAGCAGCAUCUGCCACAUCUCCUAAAAGCCUUUCUGCAAAGAAUGUUAUUAAAAAGAAGGGAGAAAUUAUAGUUUUAUGGACAAGAAAUGAUGACCGGGAAAUUUUAUUGGAGUGUCAAAAAAGAGGGCCAUCACUGAAAACAUUUUCUUAUUUGGCUGCCAAAUUGAAUAAAGAUCCGUAUCAGGUCUCAGAAAGAUUCCAGCAGUUAAUGAAGCUCUUUGAAAAGUCAAAAUGCAGCAGGUACUAGUACAGUGAACCAGACCUCUCCUGCAGGUGUCUUCACAGAUAAAAUCUGGCAGCAAAAAGCCCUUUUGGGUGAAGAUUUGGGGAAGACAGGAUCAGCUUCCUGGGAAGACAGAUACCCAACUAACUGUGAGAAGUGGUAUACUAGUGUGACAAGCAACAAGUUGGGGCAACAUAAAGGAAGUGCUGUAUGAUAUGGUCCUUGAAGGAUGCCAAGGCAGAGAAGAGUUGGGGAAGGCAUGCGUUCAGCUUCUUGUGGGUAAAUUACUUCUGAAUUUAAUUGAAAUUUUUGGGUAGAUAAUACAUUUGUUUUGUUUAAAAAUCAAGAAGAUAUCAAAUGUAUCCCUCUGAGUCUUGCUCCUGUCUUUUUCUUUGUCCACCCUAUUAGGGAAAUCUCAUAUUAAUUUCUUGUGUAUAUUUUCACUACUACUGUAUACAUUUUCAUUUCGUAUUUUUUCCCUUUUCUUACAAAAAGAUAACACACCUUUUAGAAUUAUGCACCUUGCUAUUUUCAUUUCAUAAUAUAUGAUGGAGAAUGUCCCAUAUCUGUACAUUUUCUUUUUCUUUUGUAUAGCUGGAACUAUACCAAUGUGUGCUUUUGUAUAGCUGGAAAUACACCAUUGUGUGAAUUUAUCAUAGUUAUUUAACCAGUUCCCUGUUGAUGGACAUGCUGGUGUUUCCUGUCUUCUGCAGAUGCAGACAAUACUGUAAUGAAUCACUUCAUACACAUCAUUUCAUACAUGUGCAAGCAUACCUGUAAAUUCUUAAGGUUACAUAGUUAAGAACCAAAGUAGUUAAUUAAAUUAGGUUCAUGAGCACACAUCCUGGGAGAGACACCUGGCUGAAGGUGAGAGGAAAGCACUCUGUUUAUUAAGCAGUGGUGUCUCCUAAAUAUGAGAUGGUUAUCUCUGCAUCUCAUACAUUCAUUAAUCUGAGGUUGGCAUUGUCAUUGAACUUUAUCCUUCCUUCCCUCCUCCCCUCCUCCCCUCCUUCCUUCCUUCCUUUUUUUGUCAUAGACAGUUUUUACAAGUGGAAGGUGGGAUCUAAUUUCAUGCUCCUUAGAACGACCUUUUAAAAAGCACUGAGAGGGCACCUUGGUGGCUCAGUUGGAUGAGCAACUGCCUUCGGCUCAGGUCAUGAUCCUGGAGUCCUGGGAUCGGGUCCCACAUCGGGCUCCCUGCUUGGUGGGGAGUCUGCUUCUCCCUCUGACCCUCCCCCUUCUCAUAGUCUCUCUCUCUCAAAUAAAUAAAUAAAAUCUUAAAAAAAAAAAAAAAAGCACCGAGAAACUAAAUGGUAAAUGGUAAUAGAAUUUGAAGGUGAGUAUUAUUCAAAACUUUAAAAUCCUUACUGGCAAGAUUUAAAGAGAUCAUUUAUGAAAUGACUCUUCCCAAAAAUGCCGUGAUAAUUGAAGUCAGAUGUAUUUUUUUUUUUAACUCACAUAGGAUUAAAAUACAAAAGAUGUUUGAAGCAUCUUCAUUUGUCAAAUUUGUUUCUUCGUUGAAGCAAAGUGUAUGUGGUAAAAAAGUAUAAAAUUCUUUAGAAAGGAAAAACAUAGGGCACUUGGGUGGCUUAGUGGAUUAAAGCCUCUGCCUUUGGCUCAGGUCAUGAUCCCAGGGUCUUGGGAUCCAGCCCCGCAUCAGGCUCUCUGCUCAGCAGGGAACCUGCUUCCCCCCUCUCUGCCUGCCUCUAUGCCUACUUGUGAUCUCUCUCUCUGUCAAAUAAAUAAGUAAAAUCUUUUAGAAAAGAAAAGGAAAAACAUAAUGGGUCACGCGUUAAACUUUAGCCUGGAAUUGCUACUUUUUAAAUGUUUUUCCUGGAGCGCCUGUGGCUUAGUCAGUUAAGCCUCUGACUCCGUUUUCACUCAAAUCUUGAUCUCCGGGUGGUCAGAUCUAGCCCUGUGUUGGUUUCUGCGCUGAGUGUGGAGCUGCUAAAGAUUCUCUCCCUCUUCCUCUGCUCCUCCUCCAUCCUCUCUUGUGCAUGUGCUCUGCCGCUCCCUCUCUCAAAAACAAAUAAAUAAAUAUGUAAGUAAUAAAAUCCAAAGAUUUCUUUAAAAAAGAAUAAAUGUUUUCCUGCUGAAAUUCACCAUCUUUGGAUUUUCUUUUCCUUAUGCAAGUAGAGGGAUUACUUUUAUUUUAUUUUCUAAUUUUUAAUUUUUUUAAGAUUUUAUUUAUUCAUUUGACAGAGAUCACAAGUAGGCAGAGAGGCAGGCAGAGAGAGAGGAGGAAGCAGGCUCCCUGCUGAGCAGAGAGCCCGAUAUGAGGCUCAAUCCCAGGACCCUGGGAUCACAACCUGAGCAGAAGGCAGAGGCUUUAAUCCACUGAGUCACCCAGGCACCCCGAGGGAUUAUUUUUAAAACAAGACUUCAAAAUGAACUCUUCAGGCAAGUCUUUGGACUGCGGGGAGUAGGGAUGUGCAGUAGGUAAGUCUUGGCCCUCAAUCCUGACUGGCUUCAGCCAGAGUGCCUCUUUUUACCAUUUUCCAAAGUGGAAUUCCUAACAGCAGUUGACUUUAGAUUCUGCUUUUACAGUGUUUUGAAAGUCACUCAUCUUGACCUUUUAUUUUGCGGUUCUGUUUUUCUGUAACUGGUGUCAUUAUUUUUUUGGCAUGGUAAUUAAUACCUUUUGUCUGAAGAACGCCAAAUUCUUUGCUAGGAACCUGAUAGGUUAACCCAGUUCCUAUCAUUUCUCACCCUUUUUUUU